AUGGACCUCCAAGGCGCCGUGAAGGGUGUUGGUCCGAAGAUACUGUUCAUGGCUUACGGACAUACUGGCAGCGGCAAAACGCAUUCCCUCUUCGGUGGUGACGACUUCACUGAGGACGGUGGACUCGUCGGGGCCUUUUUGGAGAUUAUCAUGGACGAAUGUGAACACGGCGAGCUCUCUGUGUCCAUCGUAGAAGUUUACAAGGAGAAGGUGAAUGCCACCAUGGCUUGGGCGGUUGCAAUAGUCCUUAUAGAUUUACGAUCUUCUAUCGCCCUCUUGCUCUGCUCUUCCACUUCGGUGUGGUAG